AUUUGUUACAAAAAUCUCUGAUACCCCAUAGCUUUUUCUGUGAAGAAAAACAACCCAAAAAACUUCAAUGUCUACUACUACUACUCAUGGCUACAUUGCAUUAUACAUUUAUCUUCUCCUACUGUUGUCUCCUCUGGAUGAAGCAAUGGCCGGACGCUUUCUCCCAUCUAGUGUUUUGGUCAGCAGGACCGAGCAAUCGGAAUCUGGAGGUCGAACUUAUGUGACAAUGAAGCCUGAAUUGAAUCACAAAAGACAGGUUUUUCACCAGAGAGAAGUAAAAACUUGCAUGCCAAAGGGGUUCAGGCAUUCAUCAGCACCCAGCCGAUAUCACACUCUUGGUUCAUUGAGGUGCACUCCUGGAGAGCAAUCUAAGAAACCUUAACUAUAUUAUAUGUACUGUUGGGAACAAGGAUUGAUCAGGUGACAAUUGUACAUUGGUUGCUUUGUCAUGCCCGUUACUGCACUGCAUGUACCAAUGUAUAAGUUUAUUACUAUUUUUGAGAGGAGCAUAUAUAGAAACAGUGGUUAGUGUACUUUUCG